CCAGUUUCAGUUUAUUAAACCUCGACAACGUAUCGUGUCGUUUAAUUUUAUUAUAAAAUAAAAAAUAUAUAUAUAAAAGAAAUUUUUUUGAAAAUAAUCAUAAAUAAAUAAAAAAAAUUUAAAAUAAACUUUAAAAAUGAGUAGAAUUGCUUUUUUCAAUUUAAUAUUUAUGCUUUUAAUAAUUUUAACUCAGACGCUCAUAUCGAGUGUUAAAAUAAAAAAGUUUUCAAUUCCAAUCAGUGAAUCAAAAUUUGCUUUCGUUCAGAAUUAUAAAUAUUUUGAGAGUCAUAUUGCUAAAUCACAAUUUUUAGCACCAUUAACAAAUCGACUGAAAGAAUUAACAUUCAUACAUAUAAUUGGAAAUUUCUUAGAUAAAAAAGAUUUUUCAAUUAAUUUACAAAAUGGAAAUUGCCGUAGCCCAGCAGAACCACAUCAAUAUACUGGAUUAUAUUGUGAUAUACAAUUUCAAUUAGCAAGUUAUCCAUAUGAAAAUGCAACAUUAUUAAAACGUCAAACAUUUUAUAAUAAUGAAUAUCAUAAUACAAUUAUAGAUGGCGGUACUGUUUUUAAUAAAAGUGAUAAAGAUUUUAAAGUUUUAAUAAUAAUUAGACAAGAAUUUUUAGAAAUUAAAAUCAAUGAUAAAUAUUUUGGUUUAUUUUUUUAUGAUCAAACACAACCGAUACAUCGAACGAAUCAUAUAUUAAUAACGAGUGCAAUAGUUAAAAAUGCUGAAGUAAGAGAAUUUUUAUUGGUUAAUGAAUAUGAAAUAGAAAAUAAGAAUUAUAUGAAUUUGGAAAAUAUAUUUUGAAAAAAAAAUUUUUUUUUAUUUAAAAAAAAAUUUAACUAUUUUAAUUAUAAAUAAAAUAUUAUAAAUAUUUAAAUGUUGUAUAAAUUAUUGUGAAAAAUAAAUAUAAUGAAUUGAA